AUGUUGAAUUUGGGUGAGUCAGAAUUAGGGGAACAUGUCACAUUCAAGUCAAUAAUUUAAAAAGCUAAACAGUGUAGGGAGGAAUGUAUUUUUCUCUUGCAUAUUUUUUUGAUCAUUUGGUCAAAGCAACAAAAUGUAUAAUUGGCUCUUUCAGGAAGUCUGUGUGAUGGAUGCAGUAGUCAAAGCUAUCAGCUUCCUGUUCUUGGCACUGUGUUUGUGAAGACUCAUUGGAGGAGAAGAGGUCUGGCACUGCAGAUCCUGACAGACUUAUACAUCCUUCCCCAACGAGGAAGUGAUAGGAAUCAGCUGUACCAUAUCCCCAAGCAUGAUUAAAGGUGGGUCAGUAUUAGAAAUUCAAAGUUCAAUUAUGUAAAUGCUGGUUGUACCAUGGAAAGAUCGCUGAAUUUAUAUUAGGACACAGUCAGGCAGUGACGUGUAUUCAUGGAUGCCAAGGGGAGCCAGGCUUACCCAAAUAUUUGACCAAUAAAUACAUUAAAAUAUACAAUAAUUUCUCUUUGGUCUGUGUCUGUGUUCUCUUAAUUUAUUUGUCCAUUUGCAAGUGGCUGAAUCUCACCGGAGAAUUCAUCUAUCUGAGCAAGGGAAACGGCGCCCCUCGGUCUCAGUAGGCUAUGUGUAGCCCAUGUAUCUGAUGCUGUCUGGACCAAAAGAGUAUAACAUGUUGCCACGGUAGCAUUUAAUUGAGUGAUGCCAGCAAGCAUUUGACCUCCCUUGAUAACGUGAGAGAAAAAAGAAUAAACUCACACAAUGCUCUUGCUAGUCUCACUUCUCUUUAUUAAGCUUUACGUAUCGGCCUAAAGGCCUUCGUCAGAGCUUUUAUGAGUGUUUUUCAUUUUCACCCUUAUGUAGGCAUUGUAGCCUCCCGUGCAGCAAAACUCCCCACAAGGGAGGCCAGUUUGGAUUUGGCUUCAGACCAUUCAAAUCACUUCCUUUGCAAAAUGUCAUUUUCAGAAAAACGUGUCUGUUUCUGGUCUGCUAGUGUUUUCUAAACCAUGGAUGGAGAUGGGGAUUUGGACUUCUGGUUUUGACUUAAUUCUUUGUACUAUACAUGAAUAUGUUGUGCCACUGGCCUGAGACGAUUAAACUUAAAUAUGUAGCCUAGAUGUAGCCUAGUAGGCUCACAUAAACUAGUUAGCUAGUUAACUUAGCUGGUUCAUUGCUGCCCAUGCGAGGAAGUCAGGCUAGAAAGCACUUUAGCUAGGUAGCUUAUGACAACAAAAACUAAAAGUGUACUGCAUGACAGAGCCAUAGACCAUUUUGCCAACAUGAAAGAGAGGAGGAUGGCAUUGGCUUUAAACUAGUCUACAAGUACCAUGUCUACAAGUAGGGUGAGUCAACAUUUUUUGUUUUACUUGCGCACACACAAACACACACACACAGAAAUCAGUGCCAUGGACAGCCACAUGAUAUUUAGCAACAUUGAUUGGACUAACUUGUUUUUGGUAUCUUUAAGUUUAUUUUCAGUAUAUUAAACUAAGCAUAUAUAGCCUUGUUGAAUUGAGGAUGUUUAAGUUGAAAUGGUGCUGGAAUAGCGGAGGCAGUGCUCCUGUUGGCUUUGUGCUGACUUGCGGUAACUCUGUGGUUCGAAAUCAGUAGUUAUUUAGUAAACUGUCGAAAAUACUAACUUGCUUGACUGUUAUAUAACUAUUUGAAUGUAAUAUUUGCUUUGUGGACUUCACUGGACAGAUGUUGCUUUCCGGUUUUGUGAUGAAACAAAUGUGUAGUUGAAUUUAUUCUGCCACUGUGUGUCUUUUUGUUGUCACGGCCUUAUUGUAUAUCACGGUGGCGUAUGAACGAAUGGGUUAUAGAGUAAAUAAUAAUAAUAUGCCAUUUAGCAGACGCUUUUAUCCAAAGUGACUUACAGUCAUGUGUGCAUACAUUUUUACAUAUGGGUGGUCCCAGGGAUCGAACCCACUACCCUGGCGUUACAAGCGCCAUGCUCUACCAAUUGAGCUACAGAGGACCAACACAAUUAUCACAAUAUACAGUUGAAGUCGGAAGUUUACAUACACCUUAGCCAAAUACAUUUAAACUCAGUUUUUCACAAUUCCUGACAAAAUACCCUGUCUUAGGUCAGUUAGGAUCACCACUUUAUUUUAAGAAUGUGAAAUGUCAGAAUAAUAGUAGAGAUAAUUAUUUAUUUCAGCUUUUAUUUCUUUCAUCACAUUCCCAGUGGGUCAGAAGUUUACAUACACUCAAUUAGUAUUUGGUAGCAUUGCCUUUAAAUUUUGCCUUUAAACAUUGCCUUUAAACUUGGGUCAAACGUUUCGGGUAGCCUUCCACAAGCUUCCCACAAUAAGUUGGGUGAAUUUUGGCCCAUUCCUCCUGACAGAGCUGGUGUAACUGAAUCAGGUUUGUAGGCCUCCUACGCUUUUUCAGUUCUGCCCACACAUUUUCUAUAGGAUUGAGGUCAGGGCUUUGUGAUGGCCAUUGCAAUACCUUGACUUUGUUGUCCUUAAGCCAUUUUGCCACAACUUUGGAAGUAUGCUUGGGGUCAUUGUCCAUUUGGAAGUCCCAUUUGCGAUCAAUCUUUAACUUCCUGACUGUUUCCUCCAGCAUCUUCACAAGGUCCUUUGCUGUUGUUCUGGGAUUGAUUUGCACUUUUCACACCAAAGUACGUUCAUCUCUAGGAGACAGAACGCGUCUCCUUCCUGACUGGUAUGACGGCUGCGUGGUCCCAUGGUGUUUAUACUUGCGUACUUUUGUUUGUACAGAUGAACGUGGUACCUUCAGGCAUUUGGAAAUUGCUCCCAAGGAUGAACCAGACUUGUGGAGGUCUACAAUUUUGUUUCUGAGGUCUUGGCUGAUUUCUUUUGAUUUUCCCAUGAUGUCAAGCAAAGAGGCACUGAGUUUGAAGGUAGGCCUUGAAAUACAUCCACAGGUACACCUCCAAUUGACUCAAAUUAUGUCAAUUAGCCUAUCAGAAUCUUCUAAAGCCAUGACAUCAUUUUCUGGAAUUUUCCAAGCUGUUUAAAGGCACAGUCAACUUAGUGUAUGUAAACUUCUGACCCACUGGAAUUGUGAUACAGUGAAUUAUAAGUGAAAUAAUCUGUCUGUAAACAAUUGUUGGAAAAAUUAAUUGUGUCAUGCACAAAGUAGAUAUCCUAACCGACUUGCCAAAACUAUAGUUUGUUAACAAGACAUUUGUGGAGUGGUUGAAAAAUGAGUUUUAAUGACUCCAAACUAAGUGUACGUAAACUUCCAACUUCAACUGCUACUGCAGUCAGGUAAGUUUAAUUGCUGCCAGCCAUGCUAUCACUUGGUUGGACGCACAACAAUUUAUGGUGUGUUAUGAAGGUCUGUUUACCUAGUCCCAAACAGAGAUAUCUAGGAGCCAGGAGAGGGUGGGUAGUGUUCACACUAGCUGUACUUUAUCUUACAGGAUAUGACUUACUGAAUCAUAUGGUAUGUAGCCUAAUGGAUCUUUAGACGUAGACCCACACAUUUAGAUGACACUACAUUUGAAAUAAUGCUAGCCUGCUUGUCCUCUUCAAAAAUGUUGAAGCAACACUUUCAGAUAAAAUGUAACCAUGUUACACACAGUAUACUGUAAGUAUGGACUCAAAAAUUUUAACAAGGUAAGGAGGUUUUCAAAAUGAGCAAUUUGCUUAAGGAAUUCUCAAUGAACAUGUACAUAUUACCUCAAUUACCUCGACUAACCUGUUCCCCUGCACAUUGACUCGGUACCGGUAACCCCUGUAUAUAGCCUCGUUAUUGUUGUUUUAUUGUGUUUUUAUUUUAGUUUUUACUUUAGUUUAUUUAGCAAGUAUUUUCUUACAACUCUUAUUUGCUUAACUCUGCAUUGUUGGUUAAGGGCUUGUAAGUAAGCAUUUCACGGUAAGGUCUACACCUGUUGUAUUUGGCGCAUGUGACAAAUAACACUUGAUUUGAUUUACAGUAAAUGCUUUAUGGACAAUUCAGGACAAAUUCAGGACAACAUCAAAGUUACCCCAUUCAACCCACAGUGAUAUUGUAUUCAACCCACUGGGCACACACUGGUUGAAACAACAUUGUUUCCAAGUAAUUUCAAUGAAAUUACGUUGAGCCAAUGUGGAAUAGAUGUUGAAAUGACUUCUUUUCCCAGUGGGAAGUCUCAAUUCCAGUAAACUGUCCAUUGUAUGUCUCCUACUCCUUCUCUCCAGUGUGCAGGAAGUACCUGUUGCUGCACCAGAAACAAAGGGAUCGGCUCUAUGAGGUGGAGACUCCUGGGGGCUGGGGCCAGAGACGGAACAUAUGGCUGAACCUACAGCUCAACCGCAGCACAAACAGAGGCCAUCUCUAG